AUGUCGGCACAGUCCAACGAAGCUGCAUACUCACAGUUUGCCACGGCAAACUAUGUCGACAUAGCUGCCACGGGCAAGUACAUCCUUGGCUUCCCAUCAUUGCGUUGCUCACAUAGCAUCUGCCCCGCAGCCCUCGUGAUCUACGAGCUUUUGAUUACCAUUGAUGGCGAGGCUAGAAUUAUAUGGAAGAGACCUAUCACCGCACCUGCCGUGCUCCUCGGCUCGGUACGAUGCUGUUCACCACUUCAAAUUCUGAACUGGGUUCUCGACCUUAUCGGAUUUGUCCAGACCGCACUCUUUUCGGCCCUGCGCGUGUUCGCGAUUUGGGACAGGAGCUACGCUUGGUCGCUGGUAGUGUUCGCACUGAGCAUGGUGCCGUUCGCGACAAAUUUGGUAUAUACUACCCCUGCUCCGAACCCGGCCUAUGCUCUCGUUGACACUCCCAUGCAGUAUAACGCGGUGAAUUCGAGUUACGGAUCUGUUGUGUACAUCACACGUAGCUUGCUCAUCCUCAACGACGCGAUCGUGCUCGUCCUGACGUGGAUCAAGACAUUCGGACACUGGAGGAGUGCCCGCCGAGUCAACGUCAAGGCAUCUCUGACGGCGUGUUUACUGCGUGACGGAACUGUCUAUUUCAUAACUCUCCUAUCACUAAGCAUAGCCCAGUUGCUUACUUACGACGCCUCUGCAAACUCAACACUUGUGGGAAAGUUUAUAGAGACCUUGCCCCCGGUGCUAAUUAAUCGCUUCAUGAUCAAUCUGCGGGCGGUCGACUCGGAAAUGUCGGGCGACUCUGUGGACAUGAGUGAUUCGCAGCAAGGACAGUCUACACCGCGAUUUAUAAAGCCAACGGACCGGUUGGGAAAUCUCGGGGAAACACUGCAUGAUGGCUGGAGCGACAAGCUCUGGGACGAUAAGUAUGAUACCUCAGGAAUGGACGAGGAAAGAGACUGUGAGACCGCUGCUGAAGCAUGA